GUCUAUACAGUUUGUUGACAUUGUGACUUCGAAUUAAGCCCGUAAUAUUGUCAACGUCCUAAUGUAAUCAGUUUUUAAUAGUGAUCAAGUGAUAUUUGAAAAAGGUUUUUGUUAGUGUCAAUAUGAUUUUUGAUACUACAAAUGUUGAUCUACAUGAUGCUCGACAAUACUCUAAACAAGUGUUAGCAGCAUUUUCAGGUACUAUACUAGCAAUAUCCGAUGGCAUGACAUUCGCUUGGACAUCUCCAAUGACCUUAUACUUAAUCAGCGAGGAGAGUCAUAUAAAAACAACAAAGGAAGCAGUGGAAUGGCUCGAGACUGCCUUUUUAGUCGGGUGUUUAAGUGGGAUUCCACUAACCCUAUACUCAGUCGAUAAAUUUGGAAGAAAGAGAAGUCUUGUUUUUGUUUCUUUAAUGAUGUUAUUUGGAUGGUUGUUGAUAGGCUUCGCCAAUCAAAUGAUAUAUUUAUUUCUAGCGAGGGUACUUGCCGGAAUUGCCAGCAAUAUGGUUUACGUGGUAUGUCCGAUGUACAUGUCCGAAUUAUCCGACGAAAAUAUCAGAGGAUUACUUUCAGGAAUAAUGAUGGUCAUGGAUCAUGCAGGAUCUUUAUUGGUUUAUAGUCUGGGUACACGCACGCCUUAUUACGUAUCUCCUCUGUUAGGUUGUAGUAUCGUUAUGUUCCAAAUUAUAAUAUUCUCUUUUAUGCCCGACUCACCUUUCUAUUUAGUAUCUAUCAAUCAAUUACAGAAGGCGAAGGAAGCUUUAAUAUAUUUCAAACCAUACAAGUGUCCCGAUAAUGAAAUAAAAACAAUUCAACAGAUGCUACAUAACGAACAAAGCGAAAGACGUAGUGCUCUAGAUAUUUUUAGAUCGAAAACAAAUAGGAAAGUUUUGACGAUUAUAACGUUUUUGAAUCUUUCCCCCCAACUACUCGGUUAUAGUGUUAUAGUAAUGAAUCUGCACGUUAUUUUGGAAGCAGCUGGUUCUAUUUACAUAAAUUCAUAUAAUGCCGGUAUAAUUAGUGGUGUCAUAAUGUUAGUAGCGACAAUAAUUUGCUCUGUAUCGGUGGAUAAAUUCGGAAGGAGGAUCUUGAUAAUGGUGUCUUCUAUAAUAUCAGGACUUUGCGUUUUAGCUUUGGCUGUUUAUUUCAAUUUCAAAUUUGCCGAUUUCAAUACGGAAGCAAUCAGUUGGAUUCCCAUAGUAUCUGUCAUAAUUUUUUGUUUAUUUUUCAAAAUCGGAAUAGGGAUCAUUCCAAUGAUAGUUAACGCUGAAAUAGCACCGAGUAGCAUUCGAGCUGUUUCUGUUACUUACGGUGAUGGGCUGAAGAUCUUUGGGAGCAUAAUUUCAAUUCAAAUCUAUCAGUUUGUUACUAAAGCAGCAGGGUUGUUUGUACCGUUCUAUAUUUAUUCUUGUUGGGCUUUUAUUUUGGCUUUGUAUACAUUCCUUUAUAUUCCAGAAACCAAGGGACACUCGUUGGAAGAAAUACAAAGAAUUUUGCAAAACGACGGAAAUAAUCAGCAUAUUCAGGAGUAACAUAACACAAUGUUAAUGUUUUUAUUGUAAAUGUAUAAUUUGGGAAUUAAUAUACGAGGUGUGAUAAAAUACAGUGAUUGCAUUUUUAUAAUAACAAUCACUUACAUUGAUACCUAUUUCAACUAGUGGACCCAUUUUUUGAGACGAGAAGUCAUCACAAGAUCCGUUCUAGCUUGCUAGCUUGUUACUAUAGCCGUUUUAGUAAAUUCCUUCUGUUGUGAAACAUUGAUGUCGAAGGAUGCUGAUUCCAUUGACAAAAUUAUCAUUAGAAACAAAAGUGAGGUGUAGCAAUCCAGUUCUCUGUUAUUAUCUUGUUCUAAAGGGACUCUAAGUUGAACAUCAAAGUUAUGAUCAUUGUUUACUUUAAUUGUGCGCUUCAAGAGGAACAACUAUGAACCUUUAAGUACACAAGGGGAGUUAUUGCGAGACACCAUGCGAUUAAAAACCCCUGAAAAAUUGAAGAAAACGUUUAUCAUAACAACGUGCCAUGUUACAAGCUAUUUUUGUCUCGACAGUUUUUGGCUGACUAAAAGUCUUCCACAUUAAUCGACAUUUAGCACCAAGUGAUUGCUGGUUAUUAUACAAAAUAAACGUUUGUCUCCAUUGCUGAUAUUUAAAAAGCUACGAUUGCAUUUUAAAUUGGGUGUGCUACCCAAGGAGAUUGAUUCAAGUUUCAUGUUAAUAUUCUAUUUUUUUCUAAUGAAAUAAUUUAUCGUAUUAUUUAUCACAUCUCGUAUAAGAGGAUAAUAUAGUUUAAAUACCAUAUUGGUCAUAUUUUAUUGUUUGCAAUUUAAAUAGAUCAAUCCCACAUUCAUUAGACUGGUUUCCUAUGAUUUAAACCACCAUGGUUGACUUUUUCAUUGCCGUACUCCAUGCUGCAAUUGCAUUAUCGCCCUUUUUUGAUAGUUUUGUCUAUCUAUAUCUAACGAAUUGCUCUAAUGAGUCGAAGCUUCCUGUAUCACCAGUUAUGUAUCAACAGAAACACAUUUCUGUUAAUUUAUUAAUUAUCAAAUAUAUUGUUAUUUUGAAAAUACGAUUUUUUGUUGAAGAUAUGCUUUUUCCAUAAUUAUUAAGAAAUCGAAGUAUUUACAUUAUUUGCUUACAGAAAUAAGAUUUAAUAAUGUAAAAGUCGCAAUUGUUAGAAAUAAUUUUUUCAAUAAAUAUGGUAUCAUUAAAGGAGCUCUUUCAUAGGUUUCAUUGCAUGAAUGUAGCAAAAUUCAAAAUAUAAUCGACUAUUAUAUAUAUUUACUAAGUAAAUUAUGGAUAUUAACUUAAAACUGGAGCAAAGUUUGCUAUAUCCAUAACAAUAAUUAUUUAAUAAUAAUAUUUUUCCAUACAUAAUUCAAAUUAUAUAAUCUCUGUUUCUAUGAUAUAUAAUAUUAUGUAGGGUUAUCAUGAAGUGAUGCACAAUAUCCAUAAUACGUACAAUGUUCAGUUUUUAAAAAAAUCUGAAAAAUAUCAAACAGUUUAUCAAUAUUCUUAGGAAUAAGAGGCUAGAUUUUUUUACAUUAUUUAAUAAAGCUUGUUUUUCUGCUUGAUAAAAAAUAAUAUAAGUUCGAAUCACAGAAGAAAAGAAACUAGGAAAUUGGUAAAAAUCGAAAUUACAUUAAUUUUAGUAAUAAUUUUCAAUUACCUGAACAAUUUCUUAACCUAAAACAAAAACUGCUCGAAGUGUUGACUGUUGCCAAAACGAUGGUAAUUUACAGAGUUUUAGAUCAUAUAUUUAUCUCUCAGUUAACAUAGUCCCA